AUGAGAGAAUUAGAUUUACUUAUAAGCAGUUAUGCUAAGUAAAAUUUAAAAAACUUUACAUAUGAUGAAUGCAUUAAAUUUAAUGAAGAUGUAUUAUUACAUGAAACUCCUUAGUUAAAUAAGUAUUUACUUGGACAAGAACCCUACCCUUAAGACAAUGUUUAUAUCCCUAAAAUUAUUGAAUUUGCUAUUAAAAAACCUAGAUAUAAUUACUUUUGA